UUUGUAAAAAGAGGGAAGACUGGUGCCAAACCGGCGCAGAUAUAUGGGCAACCCGUAAAAGAAAAAUAACCCCCCCCAACAAGUUGGCUGACCAGGAGGACAGACCAGCGGAAAAAAAGCAGCUGAAGGUGUUUAAACACCCCAUGCAGCAGACCACGGAGCAAAUGAAAAAGAAGGCUGCUGAUGAUAUGGUGGAAGCACUCAAGAAGGAAAUAAUGACGAAGAAGUCCAUUAGGGAAGAGGAUUCUGAGAUGCAAGACCUCCCCGUGGAAGACAUCUCCAUGUCAGAUGAUGACCUGGAGCCUGACCUGGACUCUCACCCUACCUUCCGGACCUGGGGCACAGCGAUGCUCGAAAUAAGACAACUUAAAGAGGAGAACAAGAGGCUGCGGGAGGAGAACUUGAUCAUGAAGGGGGAACUACUGGAUGCAGUGACAGAGCUCUCCGGGGUUGCGCGGCAGCUAAAGAAGGUUUUGCACGGAACUGCUUCCACAACAAAUCACCCAAGCACUCCUAUGCGGCCCGCCUCAAGGCCCGCAACAUCUGACAUACCAGCACUGCAGGACACUCCCCCAAGACCACCAUCUGAAGGACUAGAGUCUGAGAUGACAGUCGAUCUUGUUCCGGGCUCCGGAGUUCGAGUUCCCAAGUACAAGUUAAGUGCCCUUAGGACAAGCACUCCUGCCACCUACAUCGGGGACCUUGCCAUCCUCGUUUUUGGAAAAGAAACUCUUUCAGAGUCGAGCUUGACCGGGAAGCAGUCUGGCGCCCACAAAGAUGUGGCGUCAAAGCGACCACUGGAUGAAAAGAAGCUUGAGGUCAUAAUUGGGCAUGUUAGGUCCAAAUACCCAAACACCAGCGUCCAGGAGGUCAGAAGGGUAAUCCGGAAGAAGAUAAACAUCAUCAGCUACAACUCUAAGAAAAACUAA